CCCGCCCAUCCCCCUCGCGCGCGCAGGGCCGUUGCGGCGCGGUGCGGGGAGCGGCAGCGGCUUUGACAGCGCCGUGAAACCCUCCGCUGGCCCUGGGGGCGGCGGCGGCAGCGGCAGAGCCUCCCCUCAGCCCCCCACCUUGCUGCGGCGUCCGAGCCCCCCGCGCCUCAGAGCCCGGUAGGGGGGAGGCAGGAAGCUCCGCUCCUCCUGACGGCAGGGCUCCCGGUGGCCCAGCGCUGCUGUCAGCCGGGCGGGCGCCCACGGCCCCGGAGACCUCCUCGGCAGCGCGGCGCCCGGCGCCAGCCGGUACAUGGAUUACCUGAAAUUCAUAGUCCAUCCUCAGCAUCUCUGUGUGACUGCAGAAGACAUAGAAUUGUGGCAUCACAACAGAUUGGAAGUUGAGCGAGUUGAGGACUAUGUCUGAAUGUAUCCAGCUCUCAUUUGCUGUUUGUAGAAUUGGCAUUUACACGUGUUUUAGAGCACUUUGCUGCAAGGGGCCGCCACCACCACGACCUGAAUAUGACUUGGUGUGCAUAGGCCUCUCUGGUUCUGGCAAGACGAGUCUUCUGUCACAGCUUUGCAGUGAAAGCCCGGAGAAUAUAGUAUCUACCACAGGUUUUAGUAUAAAAGCGGUGCCAUUCCAGAAUGCCAUCUUGAACGUAAAAGAACUUGGAGGGGCUGACAAUAUCAGGAAAUACUGGAGUCGUUACUACCAAGGAUCCCAAGGGGUCAUAUUUGUAUUAGACAGUGCCUCCUCUGAAGAUGAACUAGAAACUGCUAGGAAUGAACUUCAUUCUGCCCUCCAGCACCCACAGUUAUGUACUCUGCCGUUUUUAAUACUGGCCAAUCACCAAGACAAGCCAGCAGCUCGCUCCGUACAAGAGAUUAAAAAAUAUUUUGAACUUGAGCCACUUGCACGUGGAAAGCGCUGGAUUCUUAAGCCCUGCUCCUUGGAUGAUAUGGAGGCAGUAAAGGACAGCUUCUCCCUUCUAAUAAACUUGUUAGAAGAGAGAGACUUCGAGCCUUCAAGAAUGUGAAACGCAAGAGAGAAGAGUGGUUCUUCAGCCAUCACUGUACCUGCACAUUCUGCUCACAGCUUAAUGGUGGUGUGGUAUCAAGACAAUGCUGUAAUAUGUUCAUACACAGUUGGUGCAGAAUGUCCUUUUGUUCAAAUAUUCUGUGAAUCAGGUACACAAGUAUUUCCAGUAAAGUUAUCUACACUACUGAAAUAGGGAGUUCUUCUUUGUUUACCAUUAUUUCUGCACACUGCAUGUUGCAUUCUUGCAUUGUGAUGAUCCUUGAUAGGAAUUUUACAUGCACAAAAAUAACUUAGCGUGUAAAGGAGGACUUCUUGCUGCCUUGGUUUUUAAAAAGUACCUAAUGACUUAAGGAUUUCUGAGACUAAUCUCUAUUAGCUUGUUUACUGACCCUGCAGUCUGGAAAGCACAGCUACUGACAACCUUAAUAGGAUAUCUUAAAGGUAAGCAGUUUAGUAUUAAUCGAUGGAAAGGUUAGUCCUGAAGUUCUAGUAAGUGAAAACACAGUUGACAAGUUGGUUGGUUCCUCUUCUAAAGUCACUGCAUCACCUUGUCAAGGGCAGAAUGGUUUUUUUCCUGGAAGUUUCCUGAAAGUUAAAUCAGCAGUCAGAUACGUGCAGAUAACAGUAUUUGGGAAAAAUAGGUGACAUAAACAGGGGAUCUAAGUAACAAUAUAUUUAGAUAUAAAAUAAUUAAUUUUCACUGAAAGUAGUUUUCUGUAAGAGAAGUGAAGCAAAUUUCUGUUAAAUCAGCUGUGGAGGCUUUACUACUGGUUAGAUGUAUCACUGUUUUUGAAUAAGGAUUGCUUCCUUUGUCACUUACUCAUAGAGCAGUACUGUUACUGUCACAUUGAAAAGGCAACUAUACCACAAUUAAGGCCCUUGCAGUGUUUGUACCAUAAGCUUGUCUUUUCAACGGAUUUUAGCUUCUUCUUUCAAACUGUGUCUGGGCUAAAUGUUACUUAGCAGACAAAAUGUAUUCAUUGGAAACAAUGUAAUUUGUAAUACAUUUGAAAAAAUCCCAUUUGGUUCCGUAACACAGUGCAUAUUUCCUCUUUCCUAGUUUUCCCCAGUGUAGGUUUGGAUUUUUUUGGCUGCCUUUUGUAGAUUUUUGAUAACCAUACCAGAAUAUUUUGUUCAAUAAACAAACAUCCCAGGUCACUGGUUCAACAUGAAAUUAGUCACAACAGGGUAUGUGCAGAUCAGUCUCUGGGCUGGUGCACACCUUGAGUGUUGUGCCUUGUGCAUCUAGCUACCCUCGUGCAUGACUGUCAGUAAACACAAACUAUAGUUAUGUGUCAGUGGUUCCUCAUUGAUUCUGCUUGUGUUUUGAAACUUGUAACUCCUUUUUUGGGGGCUUUAAGCAGCAUAUCCAUUUAUUUUUUAAGUUUGAAGUUUAUUGUAGUUUCUCACUACUGUCUAUGGGGAUAAGAAAACAGCAACAAUCAACUUUUAAAGGUUUAUAAAACUAUUUCUCUGAUACUUACAAUUAUACUCUUUGUUUAAAAAAAAUUAAAUAGUUUUUUUUUGUUUGCUUUUUGAUUUCCACUGCUUUCUUGCACUGCUUCCUUCAGAAUUAAUCAGAAUUAUUUCUACUCAAAUGCAUGGCCUGAUAAUCACUGUACUUGCUAGUAUCAGAAAGAAACCAGGAGAAUGGUAAGCUCCUUGUUUAAUUUUGUGAUAGACUAGGCAGAAAGCCUGAAGGGUAUCUUUAAUUUGUCUUCUGUAUCCCGCAAGGUCAAGCACCUCACGCCUAAUACCUUUGGAAAUAUCCUAGAACUGGAAUUGUUCAAUCUAAAGCACAUAGAGAAGCCCUGUGUUGGUUCAGUUCUCUCUGUACUGUUUGGAUGGGACCCAGCUGCCCAUCAGUCUCUCUUGUGUGGACUAAGGAGGCUCCUUUCUCUGUAUUUAAAGUGAAACUGGAUCAAAUUUGCAGUUGCAGACACUCUCUUAGCUUCCAUGAGCUUAGAGGCUACUGUCCUGAGAUUUCCAUGAGGUCCCAGAUUUCUGUCCUGUUUAGGGACAAUGACAAAUAAGUGGUGGGAAGGUGUGUAAGAAUUGUUUCCCAGAGAAGGCAGGCAUUCUUGUGAGGGGAAAGGGGGAUUUGGAGCUUUUACCGCUUUUUUAUUGAGCAUUACUUAGACCAUAAGAGAUAUUGUCUUUUUUCACUGUUUUCCCCCUUCUUUCCCAUAUUAAAGCUAUGGACCAAAGAUACACAGAUGAAAAUAAGCCCAACUAUAUUACAUUCUUAAACCGUACCUACCUGUACCAUCGGUGAGUCUGGUCCAAAAAUGUUAGAGUUUCCAAGUUACACUUUGAUCAUGAUUUCCCAACUGUGCACUGUUGGGAGGUGCUACAUAACUAACAUGCAAAAGGCCCAAGUACUUUUUAGUAUGGCUCUGCCAUGUGCCAGUGGCCUCCUAGACUAGGACCUUUUGAUGCUUAGUGUUGUUUUCUUUAGUAUAAUGCCAACUGCACAGGAGCAGUGAUUUUUUUUUUUCAGAAUGAUUUUGAAUAUGCUUUUUCUUACUAAUACAGCGAUCAUUCCUCACUACAAGUUGAACAAUACCUCAUAACUGCUUAAGGCUAAGACCAACGCUUAACUUUACUUUGAAUGUAGUUCUUCUGUGGUUUUCUGUUGUGGAUGGACUUAAUGGAUGUGUAAUUUUUGAUGUCUUUAAACACCUUCACCUUUUUACAGAGGGAUUAAAAAAUGUUCAUAGAGGCUCACAUCACACUUCCUUGUCUAAAGUGUUGUUGAAUUCUCUGGCUACAGUAAGCUACAGAUACUCUGGCUACAGUUUUUAUUCAUAUGACCAGUCUCAAUUGUUUGGGGAUUUCUUGUUUUGUUUUUCGAUUUGUUUUUUUGGGUGUUGUUUUUUGGUUGUUUUUUUCAGAUGUUCAUCAUUUAGGUGAAAUAAACUUGGGCACUAGGCUAUACUUUCCAUGCAAGUUCAUUAAGGAGUGAACAUUGUCUUUUUAAAAAAGAUAUUGUGCUUUAAUGUUCUUUAGCCAUCUGUUAAAUUACUUUGUGUGUGUAUGUGUAUAUACCCACAUUGGGCUUCUUCUCAGACCUGUGGCUGUCUGCAGUGUCUCAGCCGUCACAAGGAAAACAUUAUCAAUCAGUAUCCAACAACAGCUGCUUUUGACAAGCUUCUGUCUGCUGCCCAAUACUUUACAACUUGUCAGUAAGACCUCUUUGUCUAACCACCCUGAGCUGGUAAUCUUACUGCUUCCACGUUGUGUCCUGUACUUGUACUUCUAGCAUUUGUAUGGAAAAAAGUUAAAUCUUAGUGAGUUUUGGUAUUCUUUCUUGCUGUAUAAUGCUCCGUGUGUAUUUAGCUUGCCUCUUCAAAUGCGCUAUACAGAAGUCUGUGAUGUAUUAUUUCAUUUAACUUCUUGCAUUUCAUUAUAUUUAUAGAAGUUGCAGAUUUUUGUACCGUAUUAGUUAAUACAGUUGCCUUUUGUAAUGGCAAUUAAUUUAUAUUACAAAAGUUUGUAUCUUUACUGUAGUCAAAAGUAUUAGUUAACUGCCGUAUUAUCUUGACUUUAUAUGACAAAUACAGUGUCUAUAGUCAGAAGUUGACACAUUCAAGUGGACAACUGCUGACAUGAGGAACUUGUAAACUUGUACUGUUUGUGAUUUAUACAUGAUUUCCACAAUCAAAAAAAUU